ACUGGGAACAGUUUGUUGCAUGGAAUGGAAGAGAUCAAUGCCUGAACACCUUACGGCUGGCAAAAAAGAGAAGCGUCUCCAACAAAUUUCGCACCAAAGCCUUGGCGGCGAUCUGCAAUCUCGUAUCCUUAAACUGAAAAAAAUGCCCUCGGAUCACGCCCAGUUUUAUGCCGCCCAAGUGGUCCUAGCGCUGGAAUACCUGCAUGCUCUAGGCAUUGUAUUACGGGAGUUACGCCCAAAAAAUAUUUGGAUCUGCAAAGAUGGCUAUAUUAAGAUCGGGGACCUCGCUAAUGCGGUACGGCUCACGAAGGACACUGCAUUAACAGAAUGGAUCUAUGAAUAUAAACCUGGGACAAAAACUAACCGCGCACUGGGUAGCCAACCGCCCGAGGUGUGGUUGGCGCAGCCAUAUGACGAAAAUGUGGACUGGUGGAUAUUCGGUUUAUUCCUGUACGAACUAUAUUCGGGAAGCGAGACGUUCCCCGAAGAAUCGGUUUCAGCGCUGUAUGAAGAACAGAUGAAGCAGAAAAUUUUCAGCUUACAUUAUGACACGCCACGUUGGUUUGGCAAACUUGAUAAACAGAUUCUCAAACAAUUACUUGUUCUGAAUGCCCAAGAUCGGCUAGGAGCUGGUCCAGGUGGAAUAACAGCACUCAAGCAGCAUCCCUGGUUUCGAGGUUUAUCGUGGAACGGUUUAUAUGCCGGACUUGAAAAGGCACCAUGGAUUCCGAGCAAUUCGUACGAUGAAAUGGACCCAGGCGGUAAUUUUAUCACAUAUUCCGACGAUGGAGAAUUGUCAACGAAGAUCAAUAACCCGCUACCAUUUGGAUACCAAUUUCAAUACUUCUGAAGAAAAUCCGCAGCAUGGAAUGCCAGUUACUUUUACAGUGUAUACAAUCUGGGAAAUCUGGUUCAUCGUUUCUUCGCUUCAUCAUCUUUCGGCGGCCGAAGCAGGAGCGCAAAAAUAAACGCACGGACAAAUUGCUUGCCGAAUGGAGUCUGCAAAAGUACAGCGUUGGAUACGGAAUAUUUAGGAUGUUGACUCCAUCUUACCCCGCUACUUUUGGAGUCUUUUCCAACUUGCCACAAGAAUUCCAUUGCCGCACAGAUCAGCGCCGUGCCGAUACCUCCCAGCAAUACAACAAAAACCCCACCCACGUUAGCCAUUCCCAAUUCCGAAGCGCCGGAAUCGGAAGCGCCGGCAUCCGCGCAGAUCACCUGGCUUUUCCCUUUCCACCACUUAUCCUUCAGCACCUCCAACUCGCUGUUCUCCUGUAGACGGAGAAUUUCUUUAGAUAUCAGAUCGCGGUAUGGAGAAUCUGGAACAGGAUUCACUGCAUUGGAAGUUUUAAGUGAUGGUGUUUCCAUAAAAAAGGCAUAUUUGCCAUUUUUCACUGCCUGAAUGCCGUCUUGGCUACUUGUGUGGAAGUUCGUCGGAUCGGAUCGCAUAAACUGCCACAUUUUUUGAUACACCGGAUGUUUGGAUUCUUUGAAAAAAUUAUAAGUUGCACCGCCUUUGUAACAACCGUAGCGGAUAACUGUUUGUUGCGCUAAAUCAUCAGCGCUUCUGAUUGGUUGGUCGGUCCUUUCCACCGCCAAAAAAGCAGCCAAAUUUGCAGUGUAACUGGCAAUCAUUAUCUACAAAACAGAAAAACUAACAGUCGUUACUGAAACAGUUGCACAUUAAAUCGUGACCU